GGGGCGCGCCCUCCAUUUUGUGGAACGCAGGAGCAGCUAAGUGCGUCAGUUUUGGAAAGACGUAGACGAGUUUAGUCCUGGUUUGCGGGGAGGCAGACGGCUCCGUCGCAGACUACGGACCUCUCUGGUCUCUCAGCUGCCAAAGAUCCUGUCCGGUAGAUGGGAGGGGGCCAGAAGAGCCAGGGAGAGAGUGCGGCUGCGCAGUUCCAGAGGCGGCAGUGGGCGUUGCGGUUGCUGCGGUCUGGGCCCAGGGAAGGAUCGUGUUGGGAGCCGAGUUUUAAUUUUGUCUGCAAGGGACCUGGCCUAAUAAGAGGCACUCUUGGCAAUCUUGUUUAUAACAUCACCGGGAAAUACUAGCCGGAUAUCAUGAGUGGCUGUCGAGUAUUCAUCGGGAGGCUAAAUCCCGCGGCCAGGGAGAAGGACGUGGAAAGAUUCUUCAAGGGGUAUGGACGAAUAAGAGAUAUUGAUCUGAAAAGAGGCUUUGGUUUUGUGGAAUUUGAGGAUCCCAGGGAUGCAGAUGAUGCUGUAUAUGAACUUGAUGGAAAAGAACUCUGCAGUGAAAGGGUUACUAUUGAACAUGCUAGGGCUCGAUCUCGAGGUGGAAGAGGUAGAGGACGCUAUUCUGACCGUUUUAGUAGUCGCAGACCUCGAAAUGAUAGACGAAAUGCUCCACCUGUAAGAACAGAAAAUCGGCUUAUAGUUGAAAAUUUAUCUUCAAGAGUCAGCUGGCAGGAUCUCAAAGAUUUCAUGAGACAAGCUGGGGAAGUAACCUUUGCGGAUGCACAUCGACCUAAAUUAAAUGAAGGGGUGGUAGAGUUUGCCUCUUAUGGUGAUUUAAAGAAUGCUAUUGAAAAACUUUCUGGAAAGGAAAUAAAUGGGAGAAAAAUCAAAUUAAUCGAAGGCAGCAAAAGGCACAGUAGGUCACGAAGCAGGUCUCGUUCCCGAACCAGGAGUUCCUCUAGGUCUCGUAGCCGAUCUCGUUCCCGGAGUCGCAAGUCUUACAGCCGGUCCAGGAGUCGGAGCCGGAGCCGGAGCAAGUCCCGUUCUGUUAGUAGGUCUCCUGUGCCUGAAAAGAGCCAGAAACGUGGUUCUUCAAGUAGAUCUAAGUCUCCAGCAUCUGUGGAUCGCCAGAGGUCCAGGUCCCGAUCCCGGUCAAGGUCCAGAUCAGUUGACAGUGGCAAUUAAACUGUAAAUAACUUGCCCUGGGGGCCUUUUUUAAAAACACACACAAAAAUUCCCAAACCAUACUUGCUAAAAAUUCUGGUAAGUAUGUGCUUUUCUGUGGGGGGGGUGGGGGGUGGGAUUUGGAGGGGGGUUGGGUUGGGCUGGAUAUCUUUGUAGAUGUGGACCACCAAGGGGUUGUUGAAAACUAAUUGUAUUAAAUGUCUUUUGAUAAGCCUUCUGCUCACAUUUUUGUGAAUGUCUGAAGUGUAUAGUUUGUGUAUAUUGAGAGAGCUCUUUUAUAACUAAAGCAAAUUUAAUUUUUUUGUACUAGAAAAGAUUUGAACAUUUUAGUUCUUGGUUAUUCAAAUAUGUUAAUUCAGAAUUAGUUUAAUGCCUCAAUUAAACUAAUUAAUAGCUUUGGACACUUAAAAGAGCUCUAAAUUUGCUUGUACAUAAAGGCUUGAGUUUUCCUUGUUAGGGUCAAGGGUGUCCUCCCACCCACCCUUUAACAGCUGCCUGACGACACGUUAAAGCAGCUGUUUGUUAUUGAUAAUAAAAGAUUAUAAAACUGC